AUGGACGGUGAACAUUACCCAGAAGUACGCCGCAACCGAGGUUUCCUGGGCUCUGAUAGUUCUGCGUUACCUUCUCGAGAUCUUCAGGACCGUCGCCAAUUGCGAUAUGAGCUUGACCUCAACAGCUGGAACUUCAGAAUCUGGGGAGUAGCCGCUUCCGGGUUCUUGACAGAUUCGUAUAACCUCUUUUCAACCAAUGUAAUUCUAGCAUCAAUAUCCUUUGUAUAUUUCCCACAUGAGAAGUACCCUGGACUACUUAUAAAUCUUUUCACUCUCCUUGGAUCUGUUUGUGGUCAGUUGCUUUUCGGCUUCCUGGCCGAUCGCUUUGGUCGUACCCGACUAUAUGGGAUAGAGCUCGUGCUUGUCAUUGUGUCUACUAUCGGUGUGGCCACAAGUAGUUAUGGCUAUAAUGAUAUGUCGUUUUUGGCCUUGUUCACUUGGUGGCGGUUUGUCAUGGGAGUUGGUAUCGGGGCAGAAUACCCCCUAUCUGCAGUCAUAACCUCUGAGUGGGCAAGCACUCGGUCAAGAGCUACUAUGCUUGGUUCUGUAUUUCUCAUGCAGCCCAUUGGCCAAGCCUUGGCCCAGCUUGUCGGUCUAUGGGUCUUGCUAGGCCGUGAAAAAGAGUAUGGACUCCAGGCCAUGCAGUGUGGUAUCAAUACUCAACACGACGAAGAGUGCAAGAAAAUCGUUGAUGGUAUAUGGCGUAUCGUUAUUGGGUCGGGUGCGGUUCCAGCGCUACUUGCGAUCAUUUUCCGCUUUUUCCUGUAUGACUGUGGUCUGUACCAGCUCGAAGUGAAACACAAACCUGGUAUUGCUUUGCGGGACACGCGAAGGAUAUACGUCGCACCACAAGCCGGAAAUGGCAUAAUACUAAACUCUCCGGAAUCAAGCCAUGUGCCAUCGCCACAAGCGAAGCCCAUACAAUUCUCGAAAGAAGACCUGUACAACUAUUUCAUCCGUGACAAGAACUGGUACUAUCUACUUGGAACUGCGAUGACUUGGUUCAUCCUCGAUGUUGGCUUCUAUGGCUUUUCUUUGGAUAAUCGAGGUACAUUAGCCGACAUGUGGGCGACCUCGCGACAUAAGUCUCUAGACGAUAGACUAUGGUGCUGGACCUCCACUCUGCCAGAAGGUAACUCAACGGUUCCCAGCUGGAAGACGUCUGGUUUCCCAAAUUGGGCCACCGAUCAGACUAUGCCCUGCAACACCAUUUACGACGUUCUUCUUGAACAGACAAAGCAAUAUCUCUUAACGGUGUCCAUAAGCUCUAUUGCCGGCAGCAUAUGCUUCAUCUACUUUGCCAAUCGUCUGCCACGAAAGCAAUGGUUGACAAUAUCGUUCCUGGUCCUUGCAGCCUUGUUCAUUAUUACAGGGGGUGUAUACUACCGUGUUGCAUACACCAACGGCGCCCCUGCGACUGUCACUCUGGUAGCGAUAUGCCAUUUCGCGUUCAACUUUGGUGCUAAUACGCUUACUUUUAUAAUUCCGGCUGAAAUUUUCCCAACCUGUUACAGAUGUACAUGUCACGGAAUCUCUGCUGCGGCGGGAAAGCUGGGUUCCAUCAUUGCUCUAGUUGUGGUCUACGGUAUCAAUUCGGGAUACAAGGAUGCCAAGCGGCAGGGACUUAUUUUCAUUUUGUUCGGUUCAGUCCUAGCUUUUGGAGCUGUCUAUGCCUGGGCAUAUCUACCCAAUGUCCAACGGUCAGUAUGUACUGAUGACGGAAAGGGUUUUCUGGAGACGAAAGAUCUCGAAGAACUGGGGGAAGGAAGGGGUAAAGCCAAGGCAGAGGGCGAGGUAAUCACCGUCAAGGACAAGGUACAGGAGUUAAGACGAAGGCGUAAAGAAAAUUUGAACGACUAG